AACGUGCUGCGGAGCUUCCGCGUGGCCAAGGUCUUCCGCGAGAACUCGGACAAGAUAAACUGCUUCGACUUCAGCCCCAACGGCGAGACCGUCAUCUCCAGCAGCGACGACGACUCCAUCGUUCUCUACGACUGCCAGGAGGGCAAACCAAAGAGAACGCUGUACAGUAAGAAGUAUGGGGUGGACCUCAUCAGAUACACACAUGCUGCCAACACUGUUGUGUACAGCUCCAACAAAAUAGAUGAUACAAUCCGAUACCUCUCCCUGCAUGACAACAAAUACAUUCGGUAUUUCCCGGGGCAUACAAAAAGAGUGGUUGCUCUUUCAAUGUCUCCAGUGGAUGAUACUUUUAUUUCUGGAUCCCUGGAUAAAACUAUUCGACUUUGGGAUCUUCGCUCUCCAAAUUGCCAGGGUUUAAUGCAUCUCCAGGGGAAGCCUGUGUGUUCUUUUGACCCAGAAGGCUUGAUUUUUGCUGCUGGGGUAAAUUCUGAAAUGGUGAAGCUUUAUGAUCUCCGUUCUUUUGACAAGGGGCCAUUUGCUACGUUUAAGAUGCAGUAUGACCGAACGUGUGAGUGGACAGGCCUGAAAUUCAGUAAUGAUGGCAAACUCAUCCUCAUAUCGACUAAUGGAGGGUUCAUUCGACUGAUUGAUGCCUUUAAAGGAGCUGUCCUGCAUACGUUUGGGGGUUAUAAUAACAGUAAGGCUGUCACGUUGGAGGCAUCGUUCACACCAGACUCUCAGUUCAUCAUGAUAGGUUCGGAGGAUGGGAAGAUUCAUGUUUGGAACGGGGAAAGCGGGAUGAAGGUGGCUGUGCUGGAUGGAAAGCACACAGGUCCUAUAACCUGUCUGCAGUUCAAUCCAAAAUUCAUGACUUUUGCUAGUGCAUGUUCCAAUAUGGCCUUCUGGUUGCCAACUAUUGAUGACUAACUCCUAUGCUGCAGCUGCUGUCAGAUGAUUUCCAUACGGCCAACAGCAGCACAUCAUUGCAAGCAGAGUUUUGGAAUUGCCUAGGUCUCCUAGACUGUGUUCCUGUGUAUGUUUUCAUAUGUCUUACCUUUAUUUGCCACGUUCCUUUGCGAAGACUCUUCCACUCGGCCUCCUAGCAUGUUCAGAAGCAGCGUGCUACAUGUUCUUACCUUGCAGUCCAUGCCUAGCAGGCUUCAGCCAGAGUUGGAACUGACACAGUAUUAUUUUUAAGAGCAAUGAAGUUUUAUUUACAAAAUGUUUCUGGCAUUUUU